GCAGUUGGUAAAAAUUCAGAAUAACUAUUAUUAUUAUCAAACAGCUGUUCUGCAAUCAACAGAAGAUAAUAGAAAAAAAGGUGUAGCGAUUGACAGAUACCGCUUACCGCUUUCUCACUACUUUGAAGGCUAAAAUAAUUAUACAAUUCAUAUAUUUUUUAUUUUUUCAUUAUAUAAAAAUACUAUUUAGGAUAAUAAACAUGAGUUUUAAUAAUAUAUUUGUUUACAAAUAAACUAUGAUCUUGAAAUAUUAAAUAAGAAAAGGUUAUUAACAAUUUUCACUGUAGUGUAAUAUUGUUAUCAAGUUAGAAACAUGAAUGAAAUUAGCUGGUUAUCAUACUCUGUGGAGUACAAAAUUAAAAAACCACUCCCAUCAGAAGAAACUUCGGAGCAUCCUUUAAAACCUUCAGUAAUAAUUCCUAUAUUCGAUGGAAAAUAUGGAGCAAAAAGAGGAAUAUUUCGGAGUACAAGUACUAGUACAUCAAACAGUACUCCAACACCUACUCAUACUCCUGUUAAUGCAGGACUUGCUUUAUGUGAUCCUCUUUCUGAAGCAGCAUCCGUAUUUGAUGGGACUGAUCCUCUGAGUCAAUUUGCAAGAGAAGAGUUAGAUCCACUCUCUAAAAUGGCAGCUGAUGAAUGGGAUUAUUCAUCAAAUGUCGUCACUUCAAAAAAAAAAUCCAAAGAUAAUACAGUGGAUGAAUUAAUAGAGCCUUGGUCAGUCCGACGAGCUGUAAUAUUAAAUAAAUAUACAACUUCAGAGAAGCUUACAAUAGUAACUAGUUUUCUAACUGGAGGCGAAAAGGUAGUAAAAAUUCAACCUAAUAAUCUUGUCGAUAAAGUUCGUAAUCGUUUGGAGCAGCUAGAUGAUUUUGAAGAAGGAUCAGUGAGACAAAUGCUUGAUUUAUCGCAACAAGAAUAUGUAUCAAGAAUAGAACAAUUAAAUAAUGAAUUAGUACAAGCUUGGCAUUCAGAUCAGCGUGUAAAAGCUCUAAAAAUUGCUAUACAAUGUGCAAAAUUAUUAGUAGACACUUCAGGGAUGGCUUUUUAUCCUAGUAAAUUUGUUUUGAUCACUGAUAUUCUUGAUAUAUUUGGUAAACUUGUUUAUGAUAGAUUAAAAAUGAAAGCCGAUUAUUACAAGCCAGGAAGUAAAAUUCCAACAAACCUUCCAGAUAAUUUUACACCAGACAUGGUACCAGAAAAUGCUAAAGAAACUUGUAGAAAUUGGUUCUAUAAAAUAGCGUCUAUUAGAGAAUUAGUACCAAGACUUUAUGUGGAAAUGGCAAUAAUUAAAUCCUACAGCUUUUUAACAACAAAUGAAUUUAAUAUUGCUCUUCUUCGUAUAACAAAAAUGAUUCGUGGGAUUGGUAAUCCAUUGAUAGCCGUUUAUGCAAGAUGUUAUCUUUGUCGAGUGGGUUUAGCUUUAAAAACAACGGAUUUAGAAUUUGUUCGAGAAAAUCUUUAUGACUUUUUACUCACUUACCAUCAAUUAUUCAGUCAAUCAAUGAAAGCAGAAUUGGCUCGUCAAAACAUUUCAUUUUUUGUUUAUUUAAAUCUAUACACCCCAGCGUUGGAUUGGAUUUUGCAAGUUAUGACAAAAGUAGCUGAUGAAAAUACUCUAACAGAGAUAUUAACAAGAUGUAAGCAACAAAACCAUGGUGCUCUUCUGUUUAAUGCAAUUCUUACAGCUUUCAAGCCUUCGUAUGUAGCUUCAAGAGCCAUGGAAUUUGUUCAUUUGAUCACAGAUUGCAGUGAUGAUACUGCAUUCCCACAAUAUAUAUUAUAUCGUAAUCUGGGUGAACGAUUGGUCCAAGAAGAGAUGCCUAGAGAAGAUUGUCAAGCUAUUUUCGAAAUUGUUUGGAAGUAUAUAAUUAGUUUACAAGAUCCAAUAAAAUUCAUGCAUUGUGCUGAAACUUGGAUUCAAUUUGUAGUGAUGCACUUUUCUACUACUGAACUCAAUGAAUUUUUAAGAGAAAUAAUUAAUCAUUUAAGUCCUGAUCGUUCAUUUGAAAAUUAUUAUUUACAAUUGCAAGCUAUAAUUGAGAAAAUUGUCUCGAAAACUCAAGAUUUUGAAUCUUUAUUAACUAUGGAGAAUUUUUUACCUCUUAUUGAUUUAUUUCACAAAGAAAGUGUUAAAGUAGAUGUUUGCAAAAUUAUUAUUGAAGGAUUAAGUGCACAAAGUGGUCCAAUAACUGAUCCAAUAAUUAUUAAUGCUCUUAUGUACAUUUCUAAGAUUAUGCAUGAUUCAGUUAAUGCUUUAACUGUUGAUGAUGAAAAACGACAAAUUGGAGUACUCAUUUGUGGUCUUGUCCAACGAGUUGAUUAUGGAAGAGAUUUUGAGAAACAAUUGAAUUUUUAUGCUGAUGCUCGAGCUGCUUUUCCAAACUUAGACUCAGUUCAUGUGCAAUUAGUACAAUGUGUAAAUAGACAGGCUGUGGAAACGAGGAAAAUUGUUCGAGGUCAUCACACGAGACGAACUGCAGCAUUUGUUCGUGCAUGUGCUGCAUUUUGUUUUAUUACAAUUCCUUCAUUAACUCUUGUUCAAACUCGAUUACAACUUUAUUUAUUGUCCGGCCAAGUGGCUCUAUUGAAUCAAUGUUUAGGUCAAGCUGAUGCUUGUUUCAAAGCUGCCUUGAAUCUCGUUCCAGAAAUGCCUAAAACAAUCGAAAUUGAUGGUAGGCCUAAAACUUCUGAGCCCUACAUGUUGUCAUAUCUCUCUAGCUUCCUAUCUACUCUACUUAUAGUGCCGGACAGCCCAGAACAUGGAGUGUUAUAUUUGAUUAGAGGACUUCUAAAUGCAGUUCAACGAUUUUUUGAUGAAAAUAGCUCAGUAAAAUGUACUCUUUAUCUCAGAGUUUUAGAUUUAUUAUCUACUGUAACUUUAGAGACUUAUCCUUACCAUAUUGAUAAGGUUGAUUCCAAUGACAAACUUUACGGAAGCGAUGAAAAAUUCAUUUCAGAAGUAAACAAAAUGUGUACAAAAAUUCUAGAAGGAAUUUUAAGUCAUCUAAAAUAUCUAGGUCAAUCAUCGCAAUACGAUAAACAAUCUGCACUUUCUACAGAAUUAUUUAUGCGAUUGAUAAUACGUGCAGAUCUUCGUCAACCUUCAUUGGCAAAUAUGGCUAUUAGUUUAUGGAAUUUAUCACAAAAGCACGGUUAUGCUGAUGCAAAAAUACAGAUGAAGACACUAGAAUACAUAAAGAGAAAAAGUUGUAGUCCAAACUUUGAGCAUUUAAAAGAAAUUGUAAAAAAAAUAUCAGCAUGAGUAUAGUCAAGUGAACAAAAUUUUUUUAAUAAUGUAAAAAUAAAAAGACUUAUUUAGAUA